AUGCCUACCAUUCCCAAAUACUCCUACAAUGGUCCCAUAGACUGCACAGUCACCCCCGACAAGUCUAAAAUGAAGGGCAAGUCUGUCAUCAUCACUGGUGGCGCAAAUGGUAUGGGAGAGGUCAUGGUCAAGGAAUUCGUGGCUGCUGGAGCAUUUGUAACUUUUGCCGAUCUUCACCCACGAGGAGCCGACGUGGAAAAGGACCUCAACGCCAACUCUUCAAGUCCCCGGGCUGCCUUUGUCAGAUGCGACAUUCGAAACUGGGACGAUCAGAUCAAGGUAUUUGAAGCGGCCAAGAACAGUAGUCCGAACAAUAGCGUUGAUGUUGUCAUUGCCAAUGCUGGUAUCAGUCGAAGCUCGGGAGACAGUCUUUGGAACCUGGAUGACCCGAAUGGGCCACCCACUAAGCCGGACUUGAACAUUGUCCACGUCAAUCUUGAGGGCACCUUUUACACGUGGAAGUUAGCUGUCCACUACUUCCGAAGGCAACCAGACAACGAGGAGAGGGAUCGUUGCUUCAUCAUGACUGGAAGUAUGGUUGCUUACAUUGACUCUCCGGGCAACUGGGAAUACACGUCGACCAAGUAUGGUCUCAAAGGAUUCAUGAAGACUGUCCGCCGCAAUAGCUGGGAGCAAAGCAUCCGAAUCAACUAUGUAGCACCCUGUUGGAUCAAGAGCGCCAUCCGAACCAAGGAGUAUGAGACAUGGCUCAUCGAGCACGGUAUUGAAUUUGGCGAGCAGAUUGACUGUGCUGGUGCAAUGAUGAGAAUCGCUUGCGAUAAAGGCGUUAAUGGACGUUCGCUCAUGAUCACCCCAAGAUCAUUUGCUGCCCAGGGCUUUGUGGACGUAGACAAGGAAGACUACCGAGACCCGUCGGACGAGUACUAUAUCAAGAAGCAGGCUACCCAGCUCCGAAUCAUUGAGGACCAGUGGCGUGACGAUUAUAAACCACAAGGCCGUCGGAAUUAG